AUGGAAGUAAAUAAUGCUCAAGGUUAUGCUAUAAUUGCUGGAAAAAAGCCACAAUAUAAUAAUAGUGAGCCUAUUCCUUUAAAAAACUCUUCUGGAUCUAAUAACUCAAGUAAUCAAACUUCAUCUGCUGAAACUAAUUCUAGUGAAAUUAGUGAGGAUAAAUAUAAAUCAUCUAAUGAUAAACAAGAGGAAUCUAAAGGAUUCUUAGUUAUAGAAAAUUUUGAUAAAAAACCUAUACUUGAAAUUAAUAAUACCCAAGUUAAAUAUCAAAAUAAAUCUUUCAACAAUUAUAAUUUUUAUUCUGAAUAA